UGAAAAUGGGGGAAGGUAAACAAUGCCCACGGAAUGAUGCACACCUCCGAUACGAUCUCCCGGUCUGGUGCCUCGUCGUCGUCCACCUCCAGAAGCUCCAAGAAGCGGGGACGGCCGGCCAAGAACAGCACCACCACCCGAUGGAAAUCCCCUUUCGCCGAUUUCGGAAGUUACAUGGUGGAGAAGAACCGCAAGCUCCGCCACCAAUUCGAUGCCGCCGCCUCUUCCUCGUCGUUUGGCAGUGGCCGUGACUCCGGCGAUGGCAAGGGAGUCUUUCAUGGGGUUUCCAUCUUCAUCGAUGGUUUCACCAUUCCUUCUAGUCAGGAGCUCAAAGGGUUCAUGCUUAAUCAUGGAGGAAGAGUUGAGAACUACUUUUCCAGGGAGCAUGUCACUCAUAUUAUAUGUAGCAACCUGCCUGAUAGCAAGAAGAGAAACUUUAGGGCUUUUAGCCGGGGCCUUCCGGUAGUGAAACCUGCCUGGGUGGUUGACUCUAUUGCUGCUAAUAAGCUUUUAAGUUGGGUUCCUUACCAACUAGAAUGUUCCACACCUGGAAACAGUAAACAACAAAGCUUGUCUUCAUUUUUAAUUCCUCAAAGCUUCUCAAGUUUCAAGGAUGCAGAUACUGCUGAUCUUAAGGAUGCAGAUGCUGCUACUCCGGAAGAUCCUCAUUUUCAAUCUGAAGAUAUGCACCCCACUUCUGAGAAAGAGGAAUUGGAGCACUUACUGUUAUCUGAUGAGAACAAUAUUUGUCAAUAUGGAAGCCAAGAAAGUGAAGGGGAAAUGCAAGUUUCAAACUUUACUAAUCAGGAAGAUCAUAAUAGUAUUAUGAAGACAUUCGAGUCCAGCCCUGAUAGACCUUCAGACAUGACCAGUAGUAGUCACCUUGAUAUCAAAACCACAAAGGAAAGUUUAAAUACAAAGUCUCCAAGAGUUUCUUUUCCUCGUCAUUCAACUUCUGGUGAUCCAGAUUUUGUUAAAAAUUAUUUCAAGAAAUCAAGGUUGCAUUUUAUCGGAACAUGGAGAAACCGGUAUCGCAAACGUUUCUCUAACCUUCUAAGUCAAAAUAAGCAUCCAAAAACUAGUGUCAUCCAUGACACAAUAAAGCCUGCUAUUAUCCAUAUAGACAUGGAUUGUUUUUUCGUGUCAGUGGUCAUUAGAAAUUACCCUGAGCUACUUGAUAAACCUGUUGCGGUAUGCCAUUCGGACAAUCCCAAAGGAACAGCAGAAAUAUCCUCUGCAAACUAUCCUGCACGAGAUUAUGGAGUGAGGGCUGGGAUGUUUGUGAGAGAUGCCAAGGCUCGCUGUCCUCACCUUGUCACUUUUCCUUAUGAUUUUGAAGCAUACCAAGUGGUUGCUGACCAGUUCUAUAGUAUACUGCAUAAGCACUGCAAUCGGGUUCAGGCAUUAAGCUGUGAUGAAGCUUUUCUAGACAUCACUGGAUGUUGCAAUAAUGAUCCUGAGCAAGUAGCCAUGAAUAUUAGGAAGGAGAUAGCUGAGACUACACAAUGUACUGCUAGUGCUGGGAUUGCUUGUAAUUUGCUCCUGGCUCGCCUGGCUACAAAAUCUGCUAAACCUAAUGGUCAAUAUUACAUUCCAUCUGAAAAGGUAGAUGACUAUUUAAAGGAGCUUCCAGUAAGGGCACUUCCAGGCAUUGGCCAUGCUCUCGGGGAGAAGUUGAAAAGGAGGCAAAUACAAACAUGUGGCCAAUUGAAGAUGAUAUCAAAGGAAGUUCUUCACAAGGACUUCGGUGCAAAGAUUGGUGACUUGUUGUGGAAUUAUAGCCAUGGAAUUGAUAAUCGUACUGUUCAAAUGGUUCAGGAAAUGAAGUCUGUUGGUGCUGAAGUGAACUGGGGAGUGAGAUUCAAUGAUGAUGUUGAUUGUCAUCGUUUCCUUAUGUCACUUAGUGAGGAGGUCUCCUUGCGGUUGCAAGGAUGUGGAGUGCUAGGACGGACUAUCACACUAAAGGUUAAGAGAAGAAGGAUAGGGGCUGGGGAGCCCUCAAAAUAUAUGGGACAUGGGGAUUGUGAAAAUUUGAGCCACUCCACUACGGUUGCUGUUGCUACAGACAACAUAGCUGUGCUUCAGCGGAUGACCAAACAGCUUUUUUCUUCUUUUAAUCUUGAUGUCAAAGAAGUUCGUGGUAUUGGUUUGCAAGUAUCAAGGCUUGAGAAUAUAGACAUUGCUAGACAAGGGCGGGAAGGUAAUGCACUUGAAUCAUGGCUUGCCUCUGCUUCGGUAGACACCCGAGAAGGCCAAAAAAUGGUUUGUCAAGACAUAAAGAGGGAUAUUGGAGUGGUACAGUUUCCUGGUGGAGAUCCCCAAGCAAGUUCUCUAAAUGAUGCAAAUUUAACUGGUUCUUCUAUUUUAGCAAAUGGUGUUCAAUCCAGCUUGAGAUACUCUGAAAACAGGCCUUCUGCAUUGCCACCUCUGUGCCAUCUAGAUGUUGAAGUUAUGAAAAGUCUUCCUCUUGAAAUAAUUUCAGAAAUGAAUGAUUUCUACAAUGGGAAGUUAUGUGAUUAUUUGGAGAAAUUGAAAAGAAAUAAUUCAACCGCAGAUCCUGCUUUGCCAACUGAAUUGAUUCCUAGGAUUGAUGAGACUGCUUUGUUAUCCAACAAUCAAGCAGGUUCCAAUAUUGACCAGAAUAUGAAUCCUGGAGAUAGUGAGCCUUUAGAGCUGCAUCCAGGUGGGAGAAGUCUGAGCAGAAAAUUGCUACCUUCUGCAUCUACUUUAUUAACUACUCCUACCAAAAGUAAGGCCACGGAGAGCAUAUCUCAUCAAAUUCAGUCAGUUCCUUUCACCUGCUCAAGAUCCAAUGAUCAGCCUAUGAUAUCUAAUGCCCAUGUUCAUCAAAAUGAUGUGAUGCCAGUAUCUUUAAGUCAAGCAGAUUUUACUGUUUUACAACAAUUACCAGAAGAUCUGAAGUUGGAUAUAUUUGAGUUACUUCCUGCACACAGAGUAGAAAAUCGUUCUUCUAGUAUUUCUAUUGGUACCAUCAACAAAUUCUGUGACAGUAAAGAUAUUGGAAAUGACAAAGAUUUUAAACUCCAAUUCUGGAUGGGGAAUCCUCCAAAUUGGGUCGAUAAGUUUAUGCAUAGCGGCUGCUUGUUUUUGAGUUCUAUUGCCAACAUGUAUUCUACUUCUGGGGGAACUGGCCUACUAUCCACUGCUUUGCAGUCGGUAUUUUCUUUUCUUCAUAAAUUAUCUGAUUCUAGUUUAAAGCAAUGGGAUGAAUCUUGUUCAUGCGUUUGCGAGCUUCUUACACAGUAUAUUGAUCUGAAGAUUGAGUCUGAUAUUGAGGAGCUCUAUGUUUGCUUUCGCCUGUUGAAGAGGUUUGCUGCAAUCUCAACCUUCUUUGCAGAGGUAUAUGCUACAGUGCUUCCCUCCCUUCAGAUAUCAGUCAGCGAGAAUUAUGGAGGCCAGUUUCAGCUUUCUAUUGACUAACUCUUCAAGUCAAGACAAACUCAGAAUGGUCUGAUGUUUGAAAGCCUGUGUCAUGAAAAUGUAGAAGUUUGGCAAAGAUGAAGAACAAGAACCACUAAAACAUUGUCUUCAUCCUUCUCAUGUGCUUUCUAACUUAAAAACGAAAAUGGCGGAACAAAUGGGAUUUCUGCGCGAGCUUCACAAUUUUCCAAUUAUGAACAUGCAGGCAUAUCUUAAUAUUAAGAAGAUGUGCAUCUCAAUUCCUCUUCUCCCAGGGUUCAUACUGCCCACAAACGGAUGGUUAAGUGAUCUUGUAAUGCUUUUGAAGUUACUGCAAGGGUGCUUUUGUUUAUUCUAUCCUAAGGUACAUAUGCUUCUCUCUUCUUUUUUUUUUUUAUUUUCUUUGCUUUUCAUUUUUCUGUGUCAUAUGGAAAAUGAUAUGAUGAGUCUUCCUAAAGUAAUUUUUCUUGUUGAUCAAGAGGAAGAAAGAGUUGUAUACAUGUACUGAUCCUUUUUAGUUGAUGUAUAAGAAAUGUAAAUUCUAGUCAAUAUUCAAUAUACCUCAAAUUUAA